AUGGCCUCCCGGAACAGGUCGCCAAUGCAUAUUCCGAUUCGCACCUCCAGCCGGGCCAACCAUCUGGCCCCCGCCAAUGGAAUGGAGACUCAGGCCAAUUCCGAGUCGAACUAUCUGGAUCGCAACACUUCCAAGGCGCAGCGCAUUCUGGGUACCGAUUUCCCCAUACCUAGCAACUCUCACAGCCAAAGGAGCCAGAGCAGCAGCAGAUGGGAAAAGCCUCGAUCCCGUCGCUCGAGCGUCCGAACACCCGACAGCUCGAGGCAACCACCGAAUACAAUGUCCGCAACGCCCUUGUCAACUGAUCGAAUUGCCCCACCGCAAAGCUUGAGAGUGCGAGCAUCUUCCCCACUACUCGGACAAGAGUAUACGUCGCAAGAUGCAGCUCCUCCUGUCCCGAGGUUAUCGACGAAAAAGCUCCAGCACAGUGGAUCAUCCUCAGCCCUGUUUUCCUACUUCUGCUCUAAGGAAAAGAAGGACGCCCCCCAAAUCUACACCAACUACUCCGAAAAAGCCAACCACUCCAAAAGGAUUACAACCUCGAGUCCAGAACGAAUGGGGGAAAAUUACGCCCACCCCGCAUUGAUUUGUCUCUUCUUUUUCCAAAACCACGGAAUAACCCCCCAAAUCCUCCUCUUUUCUCCCCCCCAACGGAUGACCAGUUCACCUUCUCCUGUUUCGACUGUCGUCCCCGAUCUUCCUGGAAUUGACCAUCCUCGGUUUGAACCCCCUCUAUUUGACCAUGCAAAUGUAUCGACGAGUCGGCGAUUGGGAGAACAUUUGCCCACUCACACUCCGGCCGUCCAGAAUGAUCUACCGAAGAUAGCUGAUCGGUCUGACUUGAUAUCAAUUCCUGAGUCCAAAUCUGGCGAGUGGUCUGGUGCUCCAUUCGAGCGGACGGUCGGUACCAGCGAGAUUGACAUCGCACUGGAUCGGUAUGCAGGUUGUCGAUCCAUCAUAAGUCGCUCUAGCACAUACACCAUAAGCCGUGAACAUUUGCAAGAACCGCAACCACCGCCUGAUCCGAGAUCUCAUACGUCUCGUGAAUUGACUCCGUCAUAUCAACCCUCAAAUCACCAAUACAAGUCAAGUUUCUCGACGGAGGCCAACCAUAUCACUGAUGCCCCUGCAUCUUCGUGGCGUGGAAAGAACAGAAGCAAUUCUCAAGGGGCGAAGAGUGGUCUGAGUGGAAAAAGUGGGAUGACCCGGAAAAGUAGCAAGAGCACCCUUCAGAACAAAGACUUGCAAAACACGAGUGUCCUCUGCCUUUCAUCCUCGGACGACGAGAGCGAAGAAGACCUUGAUACCCCAACCGCGGAGCUCCCGACGUUCGAUAAAUCUAGGGACUAUAGAGAUAGCGUGGCAACAUACGGAGAAGAGCCUGAAGUUUAUACUGCUGCUACCGCACUGGCCGGAACAUCACAUCUGCUGAAGAUGAAUUUGGAGAAUUUAACAUCUAUGAGGGGUGAAUCUCGACGUACGACACGCCAGCAGCAUACUCGUACUCACAGCUCGAACCCUUCCACAUCCACUACAAGGACAGGAAGCACGAGCCGUCGAAUCAAUAAGUCUCCUCGGACUAGCGCUAUCCCGGCUAUUCUCCAACCACCGGAUCGUCCAGCUCAGAAGCCCGCGCGUACUGCUAAGGAAUCAAGGGAUAUCAACCGAAGGAGUCGGGUGAUUGCCGUAACCCGGCAAGAACAGGACCUUCUGGAAGCGAUGCGCCAGCGACAAGGCAAGAUCACGCCCAGCAUCUUCAACUACAAUCCCAAUACCGAGUCCGAUCAUGCUUCGGUACUCUCGGGGCCUUGCCGCGAUUCCUUCUGUGGCUCUGACACAUCUUUCCUGCGCCUCAGCGCUGCCCUCCCGCCCUCAGCACGGAUGGACCAAGGUGCACAUCUCUUGGAUAAGGACGGUACCUCUUGGCAAAGUUCUAGUUCUGAUAGUGAGCAGAAAACUGGUAACUCGGUGGCGUCAUCCCAGUACAGCAUCCACUACUCCGACUCAAUCCCAUCGCCUGCCACCAGCGCCGCGUCUCCCAUCACCCCUACUCUGCCUCUUCACCCCGCCACCUCGCGGCCCCCCCCACCGGCCAUUCCAGAUGAUCAGAAGCGGCAUUCUCGGCGCCGCACCGACAGCAGUGAUGCGAUCAUGCUGACGGAGAACGGCGAUGAGACGCAGGCCAAGCAAGGCAUUCCAAUUUGGCCCGUCGACCUUGAAUGGAAUCGCGACCACGGCAACUUGGCAGCAGUGCAUUGA